CCUCCAUCAGUUCGGUUCGCGCGACUGUCCCACGUUUGGCUUUGUGAGAAGCUGCCGGUCCCUGCGGGUGUCGCUUUACUCUGAGGCAAAGUAGUGUUUAGCAUCAUGUCCAGGAGGAGGCACAGUGAUGAGAAUGAUGGAGGUCCACAUCAUAAAAGGCGAAAAACAUCUGAACCCCUUGAGAUUGAAGACCGAUUGGAAUCCUUGAUAUGCAGAGUUGGAGAAAAGAGUACAUCCUCACUGGAAAGCAACCUAGAAGGUUUGGCUGGUGUCUUGGAAGCUGAUCUGCCUAACUAUAAAAGCAAGAUCUUAAGAAUUCUUUGUUCAGUUGCCCGAACGCUGCCUGAAAAAAUGACUGUGUACACUACAUUAGUUGGGUUACUUAAUGCCAGAAACUACAAUUUUGGUGGUGAAUUUGUGGAGGCUAUGAUACGUCAUCUCAAGGAGACAAUUAAACUGAAUGCUUACAAUGAAGCUGUAUAUUUAGUUCGUUUUCUUUGUGACCUUGUAAAUUGCCAUGUAAUCGCAGCUCCAUCAAUGGUAGCCAUGUUUGAAAGCUUUGUUGGAGUCACUCAGGAAGAAGAUAUUCCCCAGGUGCGAAGUGACUGGUAUGUAUAUGCUGUUCUUUCUUCACUGCCAUGGGUUGGAAAAGAAUUAUAUGAGAAAAAAGAUGUUGAGAUGGACCGUAUUUUAUCCCAAAUUGAAGCUUACCUGAAGCAACGUCAAAAGCUCCAUGUAUCUAUUCUACAAGUAUGGUCAGCAGAAAAACCACACCCACAGGAAGAGUAUUUAGACUGCUUGUGGGCACAAAUACAGAAGUUAAAAAAGGACCGUUGGCAAGAAAGACACAUCCUACGUCCAUACCUAGCCUUUGACAGCGUUUUGUGUGAAGCUCUGCAGCACAAUCUUCCACCAUUUACACCACCACCUCAUACUGAAGAUUCUGUGUACCCAGUGCCAAGAGUUGUUUUCAGGAUGUUUGACUACACAGAUGCACCUGAGGGUCCAGUCAUGCCUGGAAGCCAUUCUGUAGAGCGCUUUGUUAUAGAAGAAAAUCUGCAUUGCAUACUUAGAUCACAUUGGCGUGAAAGGAAAACAUGUGCUGCUCAGCUGUUAAGCUACCCGGAGAAGAACAAAAUUCCUUUGAACUAUCACAUAGUUGAGGUGAUCUUUGGAGAGCUGUUUCAGUUACCAAAUCCACCACAUCUUGACGUCAUGUAUACUACACUUCUUAUUGAACUUUGCAAACUGCAGCCUGGAUCGUUGCCACAAGUGCUUGCACAAGCCUCUGAAAUGUUGUAUACACGUCUGGAUACGAUGAACACAAUUUGUAUAGACAGGUUUAUAAACUGGUUUUCACACCAUCUAAGUAAUUUUCAGUUCCGGUGGAACUGGGAGGAUUGGUCAGACUGUCUUUCUCAAGACUUAGAUAAACCAAAACCACAAUUUGUUCGUGAAGUGCUAGAAAAAUGCAUGAGGCUUUCCUACCACCAGAGAAUAUUGGACAUUGUACCUGCAGCGUUUUCUGCAUUAUAUCCAGCCAGUCCCUCAUGUGUGUUUAAAUAUGGUGAUGAGAGCAACAGUGCUUUGCCGGGAUAUUCUGUUGCUGUUGCAUUAACAAAUGCAAUUAAAAAUAAAGCAAGCGAUAAAGAAAUUUUUAACAUUUUAAAAGAUAUCCCUAAUCCUAAUCAAGAUGACGAUGAUGAUGAAGGAAUCAGCUUUAAUCCACUCAAAAUUGAGGUUUUUGUACAGACCCUGCUUAGUCUAGCAUCAAAGUCCUUUAGUCACUCCUUUAGUGCUCUUGCAAAGUUUCAUGACAUCUUUAAAGCAUUAUCAGAGAGUGAUGAAGGGAAACUUCAUAUUCUAAGAGUUGUUUAUGAUAUCUGGAAAAAUCACCCACAGAUGAUUGCUGUGUUAGUGGAUAAGAUGAUACGAACACAAAUUGUUGACUGUGCAGCAGUGGCAAACUGGAUCUUCUCCCCAGAGUUAUCACGUGACUUCCCCAGGUUUUAUAUAUGGGAAAUCUUGCACUCUACAAUUCGGAAAAUGAAUAAACACGUCCAGAAAAUCCAAAAAGAACUGGAAGACAUGAAGCUAAGGCUAGCUAAACAGCAUAAACAUAGAGACAGUGAUGACAAUGAUGAAGACAGUGGCAGAAAGGAUGGUCCUCUAGAAGAACAGAUUGAGCGGCUGCAAGAGAAAGUUGAGUCUGCUCAGAGUGAACAAAAGAACUUGUUCCUUGUCAUAUUCCAGAGGUUUAUCAUGAUCCUUACGGAACACUUAGUUCGCUGUGAAACUGGAGGCAUUGAUGUGAAUACUGCUUGGUAUAAGAACUGCAGAGAGAGGCUUCAGCAGAUAUUCCUACAGCAUCAUCAGAUAAUCCAGCAGUAUAUGGUGACCCUGGAGAACCUCUUGUUUACAGCAGAAUUGGACCAUCACAUCCUGACCGUCUUCCAGCAGUUUUGUGCAUUACAGUCUUAAUGAAACCUGUGCCGGAGUUUUUCUCGCCCACAGCUGCCUUCUAGGCCUGGAAUGUUAAUAGGAAAAGACAUUUUUGGUCAAUAACACUGAAAAUGUGAUUGGCAGUAGAGAAAAAGCCAUCAUUUGCAGUGUUACACAUAUUGGUUAUGAUAUUUGCUUCUUUUUGAACAUUAUAGCUAUUUUAUGAGAGAAUAUUUGUUUUGGAUUUGUCCUGUGUUGCUUACUGUAUUACCCCUCCCAUUAUGGUAUUGCUACUCUUUGUAGACAUACUUUAUGUAGUUUUUUUUUUUUUCUUUUAAUAUUUUCAUUGGAAGUUUCCUUCAUUGCAAAGUGAGUGAAACUUCACCUUUUGUCAGUGUGGCAAUGACCACAUGGUUUAUUUUAUAUUUGUCCUACUACAAUGAACAUGUCUGAGGUUUUCAUUCUUUCAUUCUAGAUUUCCCCCAUACCCUGAUCCAUCCUAGAGUUCUUAAUUCUGGCUACAGCAUGAUUUAAAUACAACUGAAUUACUUUUUUAAGGUU